UUGGGAGAUAGCCAUUACACAGUUAAGCGCACAUUGCAAAAGGUGCUCCGAACGAGUGUGCAAACGGACACGUAAAACGGAACGGAAACAAACGCGCAUACGGAAAACGGUGCCAGGCAGCCGAACACGCCGCAUUGGGUUGGCAAAGCCAUUGAGACACUUGAGCAGCAAAAGAACUCGAAAAACAAAAAAUCGGAAAGUGUAAAUAAAAGUGAGAUUGUUGUUGGAAAGUGCAGAAGCGUAACCAAAAUAAGUUUUAUGCUGGCCAAGAAGAACACAAAAAAACUAAAGAAAACUGUUGACUUUGAUUUUUUCUGCCGUUGCAGUCACUAAAUUAAAAAGUUCUGGCAAACAAAAAAAUUGUUUUGAUAAAAAAUCAGGCUGGAAUUAAAUCAACGAGUUGUGCAAAUUGCUUACAGCAAAUAAAAAAAAUAAGCUUGAAACAAUACAAAAUAAAUCUAUAUAGAAAAAAAUUUAAUUGUUGAAGUGAAUUUGCAAAUUCCGAAGCAUCUGAAAGCGAAAUAAUAAAAAAAAAACUAAAUAAAAUAAUAAAAUAAAUAUGACGGCAGUUGGAUUAUUUCUCUUAUCAAUGUGGGGUUUCGGCUUAGAUAUGCCUGACACAACCACACUUCUGAUUCCGCGCUCCGAGUGGGGUGCGCGUCCACCAAAGCUCGUCGAAAACUUUCCCCGUCCAGCGCCAUAUGUCAUCAUACAUCAUUCGUACAUGCCAAGUGCCUGCUACACGCCCGCCGAUUGCCGCGAGGCGAUGCGCUCCAUGCAGGACUACCAUCAACUGCAACGCGGCUGGAACGACAUUGGCUAUAGUUUUGCGAUCGGCGGCGAUGGCAUGAUUUAUGCGGGACGUGGUUUCAAUGUGGUUGGAGCGCAUGCGCCCAAGUACAAUGACAAAAGUGUUGGCAUCUGCAUGAUUGGUGAUUGGCGCACUGAAUUGCCACCACCACAAAUGCUCAAGGCGGUCAAAUCACUGAUCGAAUUCGGCGUGGCGAAUAAUUAUAUUGACCCACAAUACAAAUUACUGGGGCAUAGGCAAGUGCGCGACACUGAAUGUCCUGGCACAAGACUGUUCGAUGAGAUUUCAUCGUGGCCGCAUUUCGUGCUCAAUCCCAAUGGAACGGAGAAUGAGAUUAGAAAGUGAGGAGAUGCUACGGAGUGCAAAAAAAACGAAAAGAAAACAGAGGCCAUGUGCAACACUUAGCAUCCUGUGGAGGGAAUGCCUUCUUCGUCAAAGUUCGCUAUUAAGUUUAAAUUUUAUUUUAUUUUUAAGUAGAAACUCUAACUCUAUUUCAAUGCAUAGCAAAUUUCACAGCGAUUACUUAGUAAGUGAUGGCAACUUUAAAGUAAUAGUUCAUUAUAACUAGCGCCCAAAAAUAUACUAGUAUUUAGCCAAAAAAUGUACAUCAAAGAAAUUAUUCUGCAAUCAGGUUUUGCUGCAGCCAACUUUUGCGCGCCAGUCUAUAGCUAAUUAUUCUAGUAUUUGGUAGUCAUUUUAUGUGCUUAGUAGAUUUAUCUACCCAGGAGUAGAAAUCUAUAUAAUUUAGAAUUGUAUGUAGGUGUGAUUCGAUGUGGCAACCCUCAGUGCAUGGCAAGUGUAUCAAACCAGAGCCGUUAUGUUUGUUAAGAGCCUGUAAAGUAUGCUAAGUAAAUGAGAAAAACGUGACAAAUAAAAUUAAU